CGUAAUGGACUUUCUUCUCAGUGGAGUGGCUGCCUGUGGGGCCUGCCUCUUCACCAACCCCUUGGAAGUGGUAAAGACCCGGAUGCAGCUCCAGGGGGAGCUCCGUGCUCCCGGCACCUACACCCGCCAUUACCGGAAUGUCUUCCACGCCUUCUACACCAUCGGACGGGUCGACGGGUUGGCAGCUCUCCAGCGAGGACUUUCCCCGGCCCUCUUCUACCAGUUUGGUUUUAAUGGCAUCCGCUUGGGCACCUACGGGAUCGCGGAAUCGGAGGGCUACAUCCACACCCAUGAUGGACAAGUCAGCCUGGUGCGGGCCACCCUGGCAGGAGCGUUGGCGGGCGCCGCAAGUGCCAUUGUGAGCAGCCCCCUGUAUCUGGUGAAGACUCAUCUCCAAGCCCAGUCAGCUUCUGAGAUUGCUGUAGGACACCAAUAUCAGCACCAGGGAAUGUUCCACGCACUAUGGGGGAUCCACAAAGAACACGGUGUGUUAGGGCUGUGGCGUGGAGCCAUUUCUUCCGUGCCCCGAGUCAUGGUGGGUUCAUCCACGCAGCUAUCAACCUUCUCCUAUUCCAAACAGUUCUUCAACAACCUCGAGAUCUUCCCCAAAGACAGCUGGUUGAUUGCCUUGUGUGCCGGGAUGAUGAGUAGCUUCGUUGUGGCCAUCGCCAUGACACCUUUCGACGUGGCCAGCACCCGCCUUUACAACCAACCGGUUGGACCGGAUGGCCAGGGCAUGAUGUACAAAGGACUUUUGGACUGCCUGACCAAAGUCAUCCGGACGGAGGGCUUUUGGGGAGCCUACAAAGGGGUAGGGGCUUCUUACUUCCGCAUUGGCCCGCACACCAUCCUCAGCCUUCUCUUCUGGGAUCAGAUCCGCCACGUCAACUUCCGCUGGCCGCAGGAGUGAAGCCGCUCGUAAAAGGGACGCCCACCCCCCCACAAUUUGCACAUCACGACAUACCUCGGGGGCAGCAGCCCAGACAUCGCCAUCAGUCAAGCUAGUCUUAAGACGCCGGCAGACGGGCGACUUUUUCCUGGGCAGAAAAAGAUGUCGGUGGCCCAUUCCUCGCGCUUUUGUUUUUCGGCUGUUCUCAUCUCCGGGUUCCCUUUCCUACUUCGCUACGGAUGGGAGGAGAAAAAUAAACACACAAAUCUUUCUCCUGCCCGGAACAAUAAUACCGUAAUCCUAACCUCUGGACCGAGGAGCUCAACCAUCACGCAGAAGCGCUUCCCGACUUGAAGCUUGUGCCGGAGCACACCUGGCCCAUUCUGGUAGGGAAGGGCCAUUUUUCCACUGCAGAAGAUGGACCCACUGUCGGCUUGGUAGAUGGCCUCCAGGUCUCAACCUACCUCGGUCAACCCCUAAGAAGCUUUCUGGGGGGGCUCUGUUGGGUCACUUCUACCCAGUCGGCCAACCUAUAGGGCCUCUGUAAAGGUGGCGAGAGGCAGCCUGAGUUCAAACUCUGUUGUCCAUGGCAACCAAACAGGUAGGGCUCACCUGCUCCUCUGUUCAUCCAGCCUGUAGGUGGCAGUAGAGCGCCGUCCUGCUCUUUUGGAUUUCUCACUCCCGGUUUUCCUCCUUAUCUCUAUCCACGUGCUAUUAAAAGUUAUCAGAUCUGUUUGCAACUUUCAGUGGGGUAAAAUGGGGCAUUAACGGGGCAACAGUUUUUCAAUCCACAUACCUCAGAUGGGCUAACAUACAGAAUGUAUCCAAAACCUGGGCCCCAUAUGACUGGGAAUGGAAAUUUGAGAAAAAUGUGUGGCCAUUUCAGUCGCACCACCGCAAUUGAGUCAUUGUCCCCUUCUGACAUUCCCCGACAUCUUCGGCAACGAAGAUGCCAGAAAGGUAAGUUGCAAGUUGUUCAGGUAAGUCUUCCCCCCCACCCGUGAACUCACGACGCUCAUCGUCUCUCCGGGCUCCCACCCCAACUGGCCACUCACGUACCGUGGCCCAGCCUUAGCUGCGUCACCGUUCUGCGUGCGAAGUCAACCUCACGGCAUCUGUCCUGCAUCUUUGCUCAGCCUUCCCGACCCAGGACACAUCCCUGUGCAUCCCGUCUGAUAUUUUGCACACCCCUGCACCCUUCACAGGAUCUGGGCACAUCCUUCCUGAACUGCUCUGAACCAUGUGG